CGCUCGCGCUCUCUCUCUUGGAGCUGGGGCGGGGGUCAGUCCCCGGCAGCUUCCGGCGCUGUGUGACCCGGCAGUGGAUGCGGUGUCAAUGGCGGCGUACGGAGGCUGUGGGGCCGGUCGAAGGAUAACACAGAGAGAACAAACUGUAGUUUAUGCUAGGCUAAAAUCCCAUGAUUAAGGUCUGAAGCCCUUUGAAUUCCUCCACUGAAAAUGAAGACAGUGUUGAUGGUUGCAGAGAAGCCUUCUCUGGCUCAGUCUAUAGCCAAGAUCCUCUCAAGAGGAAACAUGUCCUCUCAUAAAGGGCUGAAUGGAGCAUGCUCUGUGCAUGAGUACACUGGAUCAUUCAUAGGACAGAGUGUCUACUUCAAAAUGACAUCUGUGUGUGGUCAUGUGAUGACUCUGGAUUUCAUAGGAAAAUAUAACAAUUGGGACAAAGUUGAUCCAGCAGAACUUUUUAGCAAAGCCCCUACAGAAAAGAAAGAAGCUAACCCCAAAUUAACUAUGGUGAAAUUUUUACAGGUGGAAGGAAGAGGCUGUGACUACAUUGUUUUAUGGUUGGAUUGUGAUAAGGAGGGGGAAAACAUCUGUUUUGAGGUUCUUGAUGCUGUUCUUCCUGUUAUGAAUAAACCUCGUGGCACUGAAAAGACAGUUUACAGAGCAAAGUUCAGUUCCAUUACUGACACAGACAUCUGUAAUGCUAUGAACUGCCUGGGAGAACCCAAUCGUAAUGAGGCUCUGUCAGUGGAUGCACGCCAGGAGCUGGAUCUGAGAAUUGGCUGCGCAUUUACAAGGUUUCAGACUAAAUAUUUUCAGGGGAAAUAUGGCAAUUUAGACAGUUCACUCAUCUCCUUUGGGCCAUGUCAGACCCCGACACUUGGAUUCUGUGUAGAAAGACAUGAUAAAAUCCAGUCUUUCAAACCUGAAACUUAUUGGGUGCUGCAAGCCAAGGUGAACCAUGAAAAAGAAAGUUCUCUCACUUUGGAGUGGGAUAGAGUGAGGGUGUUUGAUCGGGAGAUUGCUCAAAUGUUCCUAAACAUAACAAAGAUGGCAAGAGAAGCAAAGGUAGAAUCUGUGAGUAAGAAGGAGAAAGCAAAGCAGAGACCACUGGCGCUGAACACAGUAGAAAUGUUACGAGUUGCCAGCGCUGCUUUGGGAAUGGGUCCACAACAUACUAUGCAAAUAGCAGAACGACUUUAUACUCAGGGUUAUAUUAGCUACCCUCGAACUGAAACAACCCACUAUCCAGAAAACUUUGACUUGAAAGAAUCUUUGAGACAGCAGACUAAUAACCCUUACUGGGCAGAAACAGUAAAGGCAUUGCUGUCAGAAGGUGUUAAUCGUCCAAGGAAAGGUCAUGAUGCUGGGGACCAUCCUCCAAUUACUCCAAUGAGAGCUGCAACAGAAGCAGAACUAGGUGGUGAUGGAUGGCGAUUAUAUGAAUAUAUCACUAGACAUUUCAUUGCCACUCUCUGUGCUGAUUGCAAAUAUCUCCAAACCACCAUUUCUUUUAUUAUUGGUCCUGAACAUUUUACCUGUGUAGGAAAGAUGGUUAUUUCACCAGGGUUCACCGAGAUUAUGCCCUGGCAAAGCAUCCCCUUAGAGGAGAGCCUCCCCAACUGUGAGAAAGGAGAUAUUUUCCCAGUCAGUGAAGUAAAACUGCUGGAGAAACAAACAAAUCCUCCCGAUUACCUGACUGAAGCAGAACUCAUCACACUGAUGGAAAAACAUGGCAUUGGAACUGAUGCAAGUAUCCCAGUUCACAUUAACAAUAUCUGCCAGCGGAACUACGUCACAGUGGAGAGUGGUCGCAGAUUGAAACCUACAAACCUUGGCAUUGUUCUAGUUCAUGGUUACUACAAAAUAGAUGCAGAGCUGGUGCUGCCUACAAUCCGUAGUGCAGUAGAGAAGCAACUCAACUUGAUAGCUCAAGGCAAAGCAAACUAUCAGCAGGUUCUGGAGCACACCCUUGAUAUCUUCAAAAGGAAGUUUCACUACUUUGUUGAUUCUAUUGCGGGUAUGGAUGAAUUGAUGGAAGUGUCUUUUUCACCAUUAGCUGCCACAGGCAAACCUCUUUCUCGCUGUGGCAAAUGCCAUCGUUUUAUGAAGUACAUCCAGGCCAAGCCAAGCCGUCUGCACUGUUCUCACUGUGAUGAAACAUACAGCCUUCCCCAGAAUGGUACCAUCAAACUCUACAAAGAGCUGCGUUGCCCCCUGGAUGACUUUGAGCUGGUGCUGUGGUCUUCCGGAUCCAGAGGAAAGAGCUACCCACUGUGUCCAUACUGUUACAACCAUCCACCCUUCAGGGACAUGAAAAAAGGGAUGGGCUGUAAUGAGUGUACCCACCCAACAUGCCAGCACUCGCUUAGCAUGCUUGGAAUCGGGCAGUGUGUGGAAUGCGAGAACGGGGUUCUGGUACUAGACCCAACAUCAGGUCCCAAGUGGAAGAUGGCCUGCAACAAAUGCAAUGUGAUUGUGCACUUCUUUGAGAAUGCCCACAAAGUGCGAGUGUCACCAGAGACCUGCGAGUCGUGUGAUGCGGCCCUCGUGGAUGUGGAUUUUAAUAAAGCUAAGUCUCCCCUCCCUGGUGAUGAGACACAGCAUUCAGGCUGUGUCUUCUGUGACCCUGUGUUCCAGGACCUGGUGGAGCUUAAGCACGCUGCCACGCGGCACCCUAUGCACCGUGGAGGACAGGGGAAAAGGCAGGGUCGAGGAAGAGGAAAGGGCAGGAGACCUGGAGGGAGACCCAACCCAAAGAGACCCAAGGACAGAAUGGCAGCUCUGGCUGCAUACUUUGUAUAAUGCUCACACAACAGCUAUUAAAAAUUAAACUUUGUAUAAAA